UUUUAAACCUAGAAAUAAAGACAUUAACAUCCUCUCUUCAUCUUACCUCAGGACAGAAGAUCCGCUUUUAGGACUAAACCCAGACUUCUCCAGGACAAUGAGAGCUAACCUAUGUAUAGCAGCAUUUUCCCUCCUGGGUGCAGUAAUCCUGUGCCGAGCUCAGUCCAGUGGGACGCCAGAAACUAUAACUGGGUCUACACCAGCUCCUGGAACACAAACUAGUACACCCACUACAACCUCAACUGGUGAAUCCUCUACAGCCUCAACUGGUGAAUCCUCUACAGCCUCAACUGGUGAAUCCUCUACAGCCUCAACUGGUGAAUCCUCUACAACCUCAACUGGUGAAUCCUCUACAGCCUCAACUGGUGAAUCCUCUACAGCCUCAACUGGUGAAUCCUCUACAGCCUCAACUGGUGAAUCCUCUACAGCCUCAACUGGUGAAUCCUCUACAGCCUCAACUGGUGAAUCCUCUACAGCCUCAACUGGUGAAUCCUCUACAGCCUCAACUGGUGAAUCCUCUACAGCCUCAACUGGUGAAUCCUCUACAGCCUCAACUGGUACACCCACUACAGCAAAAACUGAGAAACCUACUGUGGAACCUCCAUCAGGAGGGCUUUCAGGAGGAGCAAUAGCAGGCGUUACCAUAGGCACGAUUGCUGGGGUUGGCUUAUUGGGUGGUGGUGUCUACGGUCUGCUGAAGUACACCAACAUAAUCUAAGGCUAACACCAUCCAAAGGAUGAUUCAUUUGGACACACAGUGUAAGAUUAACCAUUUGCAACCCCAACCUUACCCUGAACCCUGACCCCGAAGUCGGUUUGUCUGAAAGGCCAAGAUGCAAAAAGAAACGGUACCUACGUGAUCACAUCAUAGGCCAGGAGGAAGCUUUUGUAAAAUAAGUUAUUUUUAAAAUCAAAUGAUCUAUUUAGAAUAGAUUUGAUUGGUUAAAUUGUCAAAUUUGAUUUCUCAACAAAUGGGGAUUUUGUUUAAUGACAUUUUGUUUAAUGACACUUUGAACCUACCAUGAUAAUUUUUUCUGAAAGACCGAAACAACUCUGUAAUCUCAACUCCUCCUCGUAUUUCUGUCAUGUUAGCACCGUAGCUUGGGGUCAUUUUUCUAACUGCCUUUGAACAAAGAAAAGAAACAAAACAAUUGAAAACAAGAUAGAUAUUAGAAAAAAAGACUGGAUCCAAAAAAAGAAACACCUUACAGUUUAUAAUUUCACAAAGAUGUGGGCUCUGUUUUAGGAUAUUCCCAAACAGUCAAACAAGCAGUCAGGCCAUUCGGGGAUUUUAACUUCUCCUGUUGAACAAGCGUUUUGUGCAACUGAUGCAGAUUUUUCCUUUACCUGAGCUCUUCACAGCCUUGACACCCGAUAAAGUAGCGGUAGAGACUCCUUGCUGAAGGAACUUUUAUCAUGAUAGCUGCUAACUGCCAAUAUUAAAGACACAUCUUACACAGUUAAAUGUUAUAAAGUACUGAACACAUCACUACUAUAAUCUGCCAUAUACCCAUAAACAAUCCAUAAAACAAUCCCUCAACCUGUGAGGCAAAAACCCAAAGGUUUUAAACAAACUGCUCUUCUUAUUUCCUGUUUCAGCUAGCUCUGCUAAUCCUAGAUUGUACGUAAGUAGGAUCAGCAGUUGGAGACUCAAUUUUAUCUGAUAGUUUUAUUUCAGUUCUUCUCUACAACAGAAAACAAUCUAAGACCUGAUUAAGCAGCAGCUCAUCAGCGUCACACAAAGUAUUUCUCCAACAUCCCGUUGUAGGUGCAUCGCUAACACUAGCCUGUACAUAGAACAAACAAGAGGUGACUCAGUUUCAGCUGUGAUGUUUUUAUUUUUUUCUUAUCUGUAAAACAAACAAAUCAUAAACCAUUCCACAACCUUUAAAGGAACAGCUAAUCAGAAGUCUAAACUGCAACUUUUCUAAUUUCCUCUAGCAGCCAGCUGUGCUAAACUAUUAAAUUUGGCUUAAACAUAAACUGAAAGCGAGGAUUCCUUUUAAAAAAGGUAUCUAUCCUCUAUAACAGCUCGCAUUUUGGUUUUAUUUUUUGCUAUAGAUGAAAUAGUUUUCCAAACUGUGACUUUAUAUAAAACAGUAAACUAAUUGUACCCUGUAGCCACUAUAAGGAGGGGCGACAUCCCUCCCUUCUCUGUUAUUAUUGCACAUUUCCUUUUCCAGAACAGUUUUGUUGUACUUCAUAUCCAACUAAGAAUGUUUGUGUUAAAGCUACUAUUCUUACUUUAAGUUUUGGACUGAAUAAAAGGAUUUCUGAUGUUUUGUUUUGUUAUUGAUGUCUUAACAAAGCGAAUCAGAGCUCAUUUAGUUAGAACAUGUUCCCUAAAAUACAUUUACUAAAUGUCUUUUAUUUAAAUAUGUUCAUUUUGCUUUAAUUUAACAUUGUUGUUGAAUCAUUGCUUAAUUUACGCUCCUGAGUUUUUGGUGUAAGCUUGGGGACACAUCCAGAAAGUUUCCAGAGUGGCCACUGGUAAUGUUGGGGUAGAACAACAAAACCAAAAGCCAUCAGAGAAUUUCAGGUGUUUUGUUAUACUCUUGUUAUCUAUAACGAAUGGAAGCUGGUGAUUUACAAGUGGUGCACCAUAAAGGACACAAAUAAAGGGGUGCUGGAGAUUUCACUGCAUCACAACCUUUGUGAUCUUGGUUGGUUCACAUCCAGCCUCCUCAGGUGUAAAAGGAAGGAUGAGGGGGAAACAUUUCAUAGUAACCCACCAGGUGAACACUUCUCUCCCACUUUAACAAGCAAUGAUUUUAAUGCAUUUUCUUUCAUCAUGGUCUUCCUUUCAGGAAACCUGGAUGUUUGACUCAGUCAACCUGGCCCUGCAGGUGCCGCCAUGUUGGCAUUAUCUAACAGUUUACAUCAGAAUAUAUUUGUAGGUGAAACCAAAGAGUUUCCAAUGAGUUUAAUGGUGGCUUUUUUUUUUUUUGCAAGUUUAAACAUUGUUAAAAAGUUUUACUCUGACCUGCCAUUCUCUCCGUUUUUUACCACUGACAGUUUACUUCAAAUAUAUAAAUUAUUUGUUUGAGUAGUUUUAAAUGAAUAUAUCCAUAUCUUGAUACUUUUCAAAACCUUUAGUUGUACACAAAAGCUUUUAAAUUAUUUUCUGCUCUCCAGUUUAGAUGAUGUUUAGUUAGAGCUGUUUAGAUUACUGUUUGAGCUGAAGCAGAACAUUUGUGCCUCCGUUUUGCAUAAAUUACAGAUUUUGGUGUCUAUGCUAUAGAUUAAUUUAGGAUUUAUUACUUCACUGUGGAAUAAAGAGCGUAAUAAACAUCCAACUGAA